AGAGGAGAGAAAGCUAGCAAGGCCAUCUCUUCUCCCAUCACGUGUAGAUCGAUCAGGCUUCCCCACCACAAAGAUUUCACCGCAGUGUCAAGAUAAAGGGAGCUUUUGGUGCCGAUCCCUUGGAGCUAGCUAGUGGUGACGGAGAUCGAUCCAUCCAUCUAUCUAUCCUUCCACCUAUACACCUGCCACAUCCACAGCCCACAAUCUGCUGAUCUGCGCCGCUGUUGUCUGCUGCGACUCAUCGAGCCCAUCGCCCGGCACACACACGGAGCUAGCUUCUUCCUCGCCCCACUCCGCGCGCUGCCCGCAACGAUUACUUUUACACCGUCCCGUGCUUGCCAUAGCUUCCCCCAUGUCUCCCUAGAAACGCCCACACAUUUCUCCAACGUACGCGGGAGCAGAGCACAAGCUCCGUCGGUCGAUCGACAUGACGUUGGACGCCAUGUGCGCGGCCACCGACGUCCUCGUCUACAACACCUUCAACGCUGCCGCCGCCAGCAGCUUCCACUUCGGCAAUGCCGGCGGCGCGAGCACGGAGGGCGCCGCCAGCUGGAUGGCUGGGUCUGCGAUGGUGGCGCCGCCGGUGUCCGUGGCAAUGCCGGCGCAAGAAGAGGGGGAGAAGGUGCAGGCGGGGAGGAGGAAGCGCCGGCGGCGGGCGAUGGUCUGCAGGAACCGCGAGGACGCCGAGAGCCAGCGGAUGACGCACAUCGCCGUCGAGCGCAACCGCCGCCGCCAGAUGAACGACUACCUCGCCGAGCUCCGGUCCCUCAUGCCGGAGUCCUACGCCCACCGGGGCGACCAGGCAUCCAUUGUCGGCGGCGCCAUCGAUUUCGUCAAGGAGCUCGAGCAGCUGCUGCAAUCCCUCGAGGCGCAGAAGUGCACUCUGCUAGCGCAGAAACAACAGCAGCAGCAGCAGCAGCAGCUGCUCGUUCCUGACCCAAUGCCAGCACCGAGCAACGCCGUCAUGGCAGCCGCGGCGACGACGAGCAGCGGCAGCGGCGCGGGCGAGGAGACACCGGCGCCGGCGGCAACGCACGACACGACAGGCACGCCGUUCGCGGGGUUCUUCACGUACCCGCAGUACGUGUGGCGCCUUCCGGCGCGGGACGGCGCGGACGACAACCGCGCCGGGUUGGCGGACGUCGAGGUGACCCUGGUGGAGACGCACGCCAGCGUGCGGGUGAUGGCGCCGCGGCUGCCGGGGCAGCUGCUCACGAUGGUCGCCGGGAUGGAGCGGCUGAGGCUCGCCGUCUUGCACCUCAACGUCACCACGCUCGGCUCACUCGCGCUCUACUCCCUCAGUGUCAAGGUGGAGGAAGGGUGCGGCCUGGCGACGGCAGAUGACAUCGCGGCGGCAGUGCACCAGUUGCUCUGCUUCAUCGAUGCCGAGACGACGUCGCGGCGGCUGCUCGAGCUCCACGGUGGCCGGCCGGACCUUCAAAGUUAGCUAGGUACUACUAAGGUGCAUGCCGGCGAGCUUGCCCGUGUUACCGUGUAGCAUUUGUAAAGCGUAAUGCAAACUAUGUCUGUGAGGCUGUAGAGACGGAGUCGGUGGGUUGUGGUCCGUGAUGCAGAGCAAAGAGCCGUGCUUAUGGUAGUGUUAUCUUUGAUAUCCGUUCGCAGGAUGGCAAUGGGUACCCAUGACCCGCGUAUCCAUCGGGUAAAAACCUAAUAGGAAUACGAGUAUGGGAUAAAAUAUUA